AUGGUUUCUGAAGAUGCCAUCCGCACGGCAGUUGGAAUUCUUGGGAAUAUAAUUUCACUCGGUUUGUUCUUGUCGCCGCUGCCGACGUUUGUGAGGAUAUGCAAGAAGGGAUCUGUGGAGCAGUUCUCGGCGAUACCGUACUUGGCAACGCUGCUGAACUGCAUGAUGUGGGUGGCGUACGGGCUGCCGGCGGUGCACCCGCACAGCAUGCUGGUGAUCACGAUCAAUGGCUCCGGCCUGGUGAUCGAACUCGCCUACGUGCUGCUCUUCGUGAUCUACUCGCGAGGGGCGCAACGGGCGAGGGUGGCGUCCGCGGUGGUGGCCGAGACGGUGUUCGUCGGCGCCGUUGCGCUGCUGGUGCUGAUGCUGGCGCACACCCACGAACGCAGGUCCAUGAUCGUCGGCAUCCUCUGCGUCUGCUUCGGCACCAUGAUGUACGCCGCUCCCUUAUCCGUCAUGAAAAUGGUGAUACAGACGAAGAGCGUGGAAUACAUGCCUCUCACCUUGUCGCUUGUGUCUUUCUUCAAUGGCCUUUGUUGGACCGCCUACGCUCUCAUCCGUUUUGAUCCUUACAUCACUAUUCCAAAUGGGUUGGGCGUGAUGUUUGCGGUGGCUCAACUUGUGCUCUACGCCGUCUACUACAAAUCCACGCAGCAGCAGAUCGCCGACCGAAAGCGAAAGGUGGCGGAGACGGUGAUGACGGAGGUGGUGGCGGUCAAUGCCGAAGGCAAUAGCAAGGUUGGAAGCAUCAACCAUGAGAUUCAAAUCAAUUAA